GAUGAAGUUUCGGGCGGAAACUUGCUGGUUCAGAGGAGGUUAAGCCGCUCCUUAUAAAUAUGUAAGUCCAUUUUACUCAAUACCUGUUUGAGAAGAGAAGUGUUUAACAACAGCGACAAAUAAAAGCGAUACAAGACGUUUGGUGCGGGAGGCGUUUGAGGAGUCUUCUGCUUAAACAUGGAUAGCUCAUCGACCCUUUGAAGGAUCAUUGUCACUGCUGAUCCAAGGUUUGGGCUUCAAGAAGGAGAAGAUUCCGAGCUCUAAAAGCUUUAGAGAUAUACUGUUGAAAUAACAUACCCGUGGGUUGGGUCCCUUUAACUGUCAUCAUCAUAUUUUACAUCUGAGGUCCAACCAGCAGUUCAAGAUGACAGACAGGGCCCCGUGGUGGAGUGUAUUCAUCCCAAAGAAAAAGAGUGGGGACACCAGGGACUCUUCCUACAACUUUGGCCCAGAUUUCAGUCCUUUCGCACAGCAACAAGAGAGGCAAAAAGACCCAUCUUCUGCCCCCAAGUCCACCACCAUCGCCGACCAGACCGUCCCCGCGCAGGGCUCCAACUUACUCAGCGACGAAACCUUUGACGACUCCAAACUGGAUUCGGUGUUUAAUGAGCAGACCUGCCGCAGGAACUUGAAGGUCUCCCGCUCGGGUCGGUUCAAGGAGAAGAGGAGGCUGCGCUCGACCCUUCCCAUCGAGGAGAAGGCGAGGGAAGCGUCAGGGAGGGAGGACAAACGGUGACCCUGAGGAGAGGAGAGUGUGUGUAAAAAGACUGCUUGACAGUACUGCUUCCAAAGAAAGAGUGGGAUUUAAAGAGCUGAAGGAACUUCAGUCUCAUAAGGCAUGGCAUUAUACACUUCAGAAUACUGGUGAUGUUCAUGUAUGUUUUAUCCCAAUAAUGCAGAAUUGUGAAUAUGAGCUAAAAUAUAUUUUUACGGUUAUUGGACAUUUUGAAGGGUUAUGUUAAUGAUGUUUCAUGUUUGUUUAUUAUGGUUAUUGAACCAUUUUGCACACGGAAUGCCACAAACGCAACUCAAAUGAAAAACAGGAGAAAUAAUGGAGCACUUAGCUUGUCCUGCUUGGGCAUGGGCUGGCAUGAGAUUCUCCCGCUAUGAAAAUAUUGAGUUAAGGUAUCACAGGAUUCACAUAAAAAUGUAAAAUAAAUGUACAGCAUCUAAUUAAGGACUGGCGACUUGUCGAGAGUGUACCCCGCCUUACACCCAGUGAGCGGUGGAGAUUGGCACCAUUCACGGAUUUGGCCACAACCAACCCCACUGCUACUUUCCAAAUGCAGUUUCAGACCUGCGAUAUCGUAACAAGAGUGAUGGGUGGGCCUCCUUUAGUUUCUACAACUCAACUGUCCACUGUUUUUGCUAUAUUAAUAUAUCCAAAUAGCUGAAAUGGUCUCACCCAUAAGCAUAAAAGAAAACAUAGUUGCCUACUUUCAGCAAGCUGUCCAGCAGUGGACAGCAACAGCUGGGGGACGGUCAGCUCUUCAUACUGCCACUGUAGAAACUGGUAUGAUGGGAAUAUUUUUUUGCAGUUUUGUGACCAGAAAUUUUGAAAACCUUGAUUUAUUUUGAUACCCUUAACUGACCCAUGCCUAUUCCUGAGGCAUUCCCUUACCCUGAUUUCUUACAGUUCAUCAAAUCACAAUAACCCUUUUUUAAAAAGCAGCAAUCCUAAGCUGUUUUUUCUCUUAAAAUGAGUGAAUGUCUCCUUGAAAUGCCGAUUAAAAGAUAUUUUCCAGUAUCUUUAUAAGAAUGCCAAAAUUUGACUAAUAAUAUUUUUUUAAGAUGAAGGAUAGCGCUAAUUUUUGCAAGGCUUUUGCAAAACGGUUGACUCUAAGCGGUCUGAAGGAUUCCAGUGAAGGUGAACACUUACCAGUGGAAAGCUAAAGCUAUUUUUAUGAAGGAUUGCAUAAAAUCAGACAUAUAUUAUAAGGCUUGUUGCAAAGCUGCCCCUACUGAAAAUAAUGUGCUUUUGAUUACCAGAUGAAGAUAUGAAAUGUGGGGAUCUUGUAAAAACGUUGCUGUGUACUUUUGAUUAUCUGUGAAUACUUUACAUGAAGGCAAAAUGAGAAAUAAAUUAGUGAUGGCUGACUGUA